AGGUGGGAGCGCACCAUGCGUCCGCGCAGACCUGGGAGCAGCUCAGAGCUGAGGAAGGAGAAAUCCCGAGAUGCCGCACGGUGCCGGCGUAGCAAGGAGACGGAGGUCUUCUAUGAACUGGCCCAUGAGUUGCCGCUGCCCCACAGUGUGAGCUCCCACCUGGACAAAGCCUCCAUCAUGCGCCUGGCCAUCAGCUUCCUGCGAACACAUAAGCUCCUGUCUUCAGUGUGCUCUGAAAAUGAAUCUGAAGCCGAGGCUGACCAGCAGAUGGAUAACUUGUACCUGAAAGCCUUGGAGGGCUUCAUUGCCGUGGUGACCCAAGACGGUGACAUGAUCUUUCUGUCAGAAAACAUCAGCAAGUUCAUGGGACUUACCCAGGUAGAACUAACAGGACACAGCAUCUUUGACUUCACUCAUCCUUGCGACCACGAGGAGAUCCGUGAGAACCUGACACUCAAAACUGGCUCUGGUUUUGGGAAGAAGAACAAAGAUAUGUCUACCGAGCGUGACUUCUUCAUGAGGAUGAAGUGCACUGUCACCAACAGAGGCCGGACUGUCAACCUCAAGUCGGCCACCUGGAAGGUCUUGCACUGCACCGGGCAAGUGAGAGUCUACAACAACUGCCCCCCUCACAGUAGCCUCUGCGGCUACAAGGAGCCCCUGCUGUCCUGCCUCAUCAUCAUGUGUGAGCCAAUCCAGCACCCAUCCCACAUGGACAUCCCCUUGGACAGCAAGACUUUCCUAAGCCGCCACAGCAUGGACAUGAAGUUCACCUACUGUGAUGACAGAAUCUUGGAACUGGUUGGUUACCACCCCGAGGAGCUACUUGGCCGCUCUGCCUAUGAAUUCUACCACGCCCUGGACUCGGAGAACAUGACAAAAAGUCACCAGAACUUGUGCACCAAGGGGCAAGUGGUGUCUGGCCAGUACCGGAUGCUGGCCAAACAUGGAGGAUAUGUGUGGUUGGAGACCCAGGGGACCGUCGUCUACAACCCCCGCAACCUGCAGCCCCAGUGUAUCAUGUGUGUCAACUAUGUCCUGAGUGAGAUAGAGAAGAACGACGUGGUGUUCUCCAUGGACCAGACUGAAUCCUUGUUCAAGCCGCACCUGAUGGCCAUGAACAGCAUCUUUGACAGCAGUGAUGAUGUGGCCGUAUCCGAGAAGAGCAACUACCUGUUCACCAAACUGAAGGAGGAACCAGAGGAGCUGGCCCAGCUGGCCCCCACCCCAGGAGAUGCUAUUAUUUCUCUGGACUUCGGAAGCCAGAACUUUGAUGAGUCCUCGGCCUAUGGCAAGGCCGUCCUUCCCCCAGGCCAGCCGUGGGCCACGGAGCUGAGGAGCCACAGUGCCCAGAGUGAGUCCAGGAGCCUGCCGGCCUUCACCGUGCCCCAGGCAGGCUCCCCAGGGAAUGCCACACCCAGCGCCACAAGCAGCAGCAGCUGCUCCACGCCCAGCAGCCCUGAGGAUUACUACUCAUCUCUGGAGAAUCACUUGAAGAUCGAAGUAAUCGAGAAGCUCUUCGCCAUGGACACCGAGGCGAAGGACCAGUGCAGUACCCAGACGGACUUCAAUGAACUGGACUUGGAGACCCUGGCACCCUACAUCCCUAUGGAUGGCGAGGACUUCCAGCUCAGUCCCAUCUGCCCGGAGGAGCCACUCAUGCCGGAGAGCCCCCAGCCCAACCCCCAGCACUGUUUCAGUACUAUGUCAAGCAUCUUUCAGCCGCUCACCCCGGGGGCCAGCCACGGCCCCUUCUUCCUUGACAAGUACCCGCAGCAGUUGGAAAGCCGGAAGACGGAGGCCGAGCACUGGCCCACGUCUUCCAUCUUCUUUGAUGCUGGGAGCAAAGGGUCCCUGCCCCCAUGCUGUGGCCAGGCCAGCACCCCUCUCUCCUCUAUGGGGGGCAGAUCUAACACUCAGUGGCCCCCAGAUCCACCAUUACAUUUUGGCCCUACGAAGUGGUCUGUGGGCAAUCAGAGCGCUGAACCCCUGGGGCCUCUGCCACUGGGGACCUCGCAGUUGGAGCCUCCCAGCACCCCGCCUCAUGUCUCCAUGUUCAAGAUGAGGUCUGCAAAGGACUUUGGGGCUCGAGGCCCGUACAUGAUGAGCCCGGCCAUGAUAGCCCUGUCCAACAAGCUGAAGCUGAAGCGCCAGCUGGACUACGAGGAGCCAGCCUUCCAAGACACGAGUGGGGGGGACCCUCCAGGUACCAGCAGUUCACACUUGAUGUGGAAACGAAUGAAGAGCCUCAUGGGCGGGACCUGUCCUUUGAUGCCUGACAAGACUGUCAGUGCAAGCAUGGCUCCUGAUGAAUUCACCCAAAAAUCCAUGAGAGGCCUGGGCCAGCCACUGAGACACCUGCCACCUUCCCAGCCACCAUCUACCAGGAGCCCAGGAGAGAACGCCAAGAGUGGGUUCCCACCACAGUGCUAUGCCUCCCCGUUCCAGGACUACAGUCCCCCGGGAGCUCAAAAGGGGUCAGGAGUGGCAAGUCGACUGCUGGGGCCAUCGUUCGAGCCUUACCUGCUGCCGGAACUGACCAGAUAUGACUGUGAGGUGAACGUCCCGGUGCCUGGAAGCUCUACACUCCUGCAGGGGAGAGACCUUCUCAGAGCUCUGGACCAGGCCACCUGAGCCAGGGCCCCUGGCCGGGCAUGUCCCUGCCCAGCCAUCUCGUCCUGCCAGCUUCACUUCCGUCUGUGUUGCAAUUAGGUAUCUCUAACACCAGCACACUUCUUACGAGAUGUACUCGCCUGGCCUACUGGCCAGGUCACCAAGCCGUGGCCUUUAUCUGACAUGCUCACUUUACUCUCCAUGUUUUAAAAACACAUGGCUGUUUUACCUGCUAUGUUUUACUGUUGAUGAAAGCGUGCUGAAAUUUUAUAAGAUCUCUCCCUCCCUCCCUCGAAUUACUUCUAAUUUAUAUUCCCCAAAGGUUUCUCUUUCACAUUCAGUAUCCAUUCUAACACGCAUGGUGGCUGUCGUCUCUCCUUAGGGAGGCUUUGGCUUCGUUCAACUAAAGUGUUCUUGUCCUUGUUGCCAAAGAGAAAGGAUUUUGCUUUCUAAGCUCCGCCGUGGGUUCUCCCUCUUCCUACCCCCCUCCGCCCCACACAUAUUGUAAAAUUUAAUGUUUUUAAGGCCAACCUUUGCUCCAGUUUUCAUACAACUUAUGUAAGGGGCAAAAAAGCGAUGUGAAGGGUCAGCUCUAGGGCUACCUGUGAAGCCACUUGGUGACACUUACACGGUGGCGUUCCUAAGCCGUUUGUCCCCCAUCUCACCCCGGGGUCCAGUGGAUUUGUGUUUUUACUCAAAAGCAACACUGAGUUUUGUUUUGCUUUGUUUUUUAAAGAAAAAGGAAAAUUUAUAUCUGGGUUUAGUGUUUAUCAUAUAUGGGUACUUUAUAAUAUCUAAAAGCUUAGAAAUGGAAUCCUACUCACAAAAAUCACUUCUUUAAGAUCUUUUACGGCUGUUAACUUUAUUCUCAGUGUUCUGGACACUGUAUCCUGUGUAGUACUCCCACGGGCCUGUACUAACCGUCACGGAUCUCUCUCUCUCUCUCUCUCUCUCUCUCUCUCUCUCUCUCUCUCUCUCUCUCUCUCUCUCUCUCUCUCUCUCUCUCUCUCUCUCUCUCUCUGUCUCUCUCUCUCUCUCUCUCUGACCUUUUGCUUUUGUGAUAUGCCAUCGGUGUGACAAACAGUCCCAGGAGUGAAGUCAUUAAGGGGGAAGGAACAUUGCAAGCUAUCCUCUCUCCUCGUGUUCUCUGUGUCUUACGUAUGUGCGUGCUGUUGCUGCGUGAGGGCUCUGACGUCGGCGCGUCGGCGCGUCCUGGGCGGGAAGGAAGCGCUUUCGCUUUUUCUCAGGCGGUGUUGCUAGCCCUUCAAGUGCACUGAGCUGUGUGACUGCCAGUCUCUCUCACAAGGCACAUUUGGGUGUUUCCUCGGCUACCAUGAAAUGGUUCUAUCGGGAAUUCACAAGGCAAGGAGGAAUCACAAGUGCAGUGACCCCGGUCCUUGGAGCUAAACUGGGAGAGGAUGCCAGGUGGAGGGUAGCAGGUCUGACCAGCCCUACGCCCUGCCACAAAUCAGAGUUCGCAGGGCAAAUGACCCUGCACAGCCACGGUGCAGCGCCCCCUGCUGGCGAGCGGCGGGCAGCCCUCCAGGGACAGCCUCUAGCUGAGGUCAGUCACGUGAAGUGACAUGAACAGGUAGAAAGCACUGAAAAUGGUGUUCCAAGAGCACUUUGUAACUCACUGAGGGGGAGGGGAAGCACCUUUUGGGUUUGUGAUACCAAUCAACAUAAGCUGUUGUUGACUAGGGUACAAUAAAACUUUUCAGUACACACGAAGCCUGUCAGGCAAGAGUGCAGUGAGCCUAAGGGACUUACUGCUCAAACCAAAAAUUAACUUUGAAAGUCAAUCUACCUGAAAUUACCUAGGCAUGGUGUUGUCCACGUCGCACAUCAGUGCACAGUGUGGCCUGACGCACACGGUGAUGGAACUUGAAGGGUUACUGACGUGCAAACGCUGGUAUUUGAUUUCCUGUGUUGUUGCCUCAGCAUUAAAGGCAUUUGUUUCCCUUUGCGGUCUUACUAAAACACUCUGAGAACUAUUCCGAGUUUCAUAGUAAUCUUUCCUGUCCAUGUAACAACUUCAUGACCGUUGCUGCAUUGUCCAAUUCCUACUGACGACAUUAUAACUGUACGGGCUUAACUUUAUAAGGAAAUGUAUUUUGACACUGAUAUCUUAUUAAAGUAUUCUGAUCCUA